UUUGCCACAGAAUAAAAUUGGUAUUAUGGCGUCGUAUUUUCUCAGAUAAUAAAUUGAAGUUUUAAGAGUUUUUGAUAUCUGUGGUAGAAAAUGGAUAACGAUAUGGUAUACUGUUCGUUUGUGAGUACUCACUAUAUAAUCUGUAAAUGUGGCGAUAAUUUUCCUAGUGAAGAAACUUUGAGGGAACAUUUGGAGAAAGAUCAUAAUAAUAAAAAGAAGGAAAAGGCUGAAUCGAGCCAACCGAGCUCUAAAUAUGUAUACAUUAUAACUCCAAAUAAUAUCAAAGAAGAAACUAGAAUCAAAGAAGAAGAACCUCUAAACGACGAUGUUGAUAUAAAACAGGAAAUAAUAUACGAAACGGAAGAGGUGGCUGACGAGUACGUGGUCCCACAGAGCGAUUUACCAGACCAGAUACUGCAGUAUGAGUACCAGGGACAGGAGGUAUCGCCUCUAGAAGUGGAGCUGGCAUGCAGCCAACUGACCUUCAAGAAGGAGCAGAUAUUGGACGAGGAGGUGAUACUGGGGGAGGGGAACCAGGAGCAUGAUUACGAUAGGGAGCUGGUUAAGGACGAGUUGUUCUACUGCGAGAAGUGUGGCAAGUCAUUCAAAUCGGAGCGGUCAGUGAACCUGCACGUGGCUCGGAUGCACACCAAGUCCAAAGCGGAGCGGCAGGUGUAUGAGCUGAGCAAGAAGGCGGUCUGCAAUGUGUGCGGGAAGAAGUACGCGUCGAACGCAGCGCUCCGAUAUCACCAAAGGGUGCACACUGGGGAGAAGCCAUACCAAUGCACCAUGUGCCCGAAAGCUUUCACCAUGCCAUUGUUUCUACAGAUUCAUAUACGCACACAUACGGGUGAACGGCCUUACCAGUGUUCAGAUUGUACGAAGGCAUUCAGCAAUAAGGCUGCCUUAUUGCGACACGACAGGGUACAUACUGGUGUAAAGCCCUACGCCUGUCCGGAGUGUGGUAAAACCUUCACGCAAUCCAACUCCAUGAAGCUGCAUGUCCAGACAGUCCACCUCAAGAUGCCCGCGCCGUACAAGAGUGCCGCGAGGAAGUUGAAGUGCCUACGACGGAAUCAACUGAUUGAAAUGCGCACUGAUGCGGACAAAAGUGGAACCAAACGUGUUAAAGUGACGACCAAAGAUACCAAUAUCUCCGGAGCUAAGGUAUAA